UUCGUAAUGGCGUAUGACGGCUGAUAAAGCACGGGCAAAACGCGCACGGGUGUUUGAGUUUUCGCGGAUUCGCAACACCGGGGUGGUGAUUAAGUGCCGCGGCGCGUUGUACGAGUGUCGAGCGUUCGCGGUAAGAUGACCACGUCGGCUGGCGCGCUGCCGUCAUAUCAGCGCUUCGCGAACGGCGUGCCGGUGCCGUUGUUCACGAGACGGUCCUUCCGUCCGCGCGAGAAGUACCUGAUCCUCCUGGUAUUCCUGACGUUUGGCGUCGUGUGUUUCGGCACGUUCUUUUUCCUGCCGGAUUUUCGUACCGGCGGCGCGGCCGUUAACAGUGUCUACCGCGUGUAUCAACGCAUGCAGAAGGCGGGACCGGAGCUGCUGCUGCCCGUGCCGCCGCGGGCGUCCAGUGAUGGCAAGGACUCGCGUUCUCUCGCGGGCGAACACCCGAAUGCGGUGCCGCUAGGUCACGAGGGUAGCGAUCACCAGGACGUGCACCUGGUCGAGGAUAAGCAAAAGCUGCAGGCAAAAAUCGAUGAGGAAUAUCAGCAGCAAAAGACAUUAGAAAAACCGGAUAUGGGUGAAUCGCGAGUGCGUACAAGUAGUUCUUCGUCGUUGAUUGUGCAUAAGGAAGAAACAAUAUUAGUGACAGUUCCACCAGCGCCCGCGGAUAAACUGCCAUUAACUGUGGGUGGAGAGGAUAAGGAUCAUGUCGCCAGACAACGAAGGGAUAAAGUGAAAGAGAUGAUGAAGCACGGUUGGGACAAUUACGUGCGAUACGCAUGGGGUAAAAACGAACUGAGACCCAUUUCGAAGAGAGGUCACAGUGCCAGCAUCUUCGGGGCCUCAAACAUGGGCGCGACCAUCGUCGAUGGACUCGACACUCUUUACAUCAUGGGUCUUCACGAUGAGUUUAAGCAGGGACGCGACUGGAUUGCUGAGAAUCUCGACUUCGAUAUCGUGAGUACUUGCAUGCUUUUGUAUUUUCGUAUUUGCUAUCAGCUUGACAUAUUUACGCUGAGAUAACCUCUGAACAUUCAGCACAUUAUAUGUCUCUCAGUAAAUUAUAUGUGAGUUAUAAACGAGAUACGCUACACACAAA